AUGGCAAUUUAUACUCAUAAGGUAUCAAAAGCUGUUUAUAAUAAUGAGAUUGUGAAAAAGAUAAGUCAUGGAAAUUUGAAAGAUUUAGAGACAAGGGUUUAUUUAAUAUGGUUAGGGUUAACAAUAUUAUUUAUUUCACUUUCUGUGUCUAUUGGUUUUUAUGGAUAUUCUAACGGCUACAUGAGAUUUAAUCCAGGUUCAAAUCCAAGGUUAGAAAACUUGAAAAAUGUAAAGAAUUCAUAUCAGAAAAAUGAAAUUCAAAGCAGUGAAAAACAAUCGGAACUAAAUGAGAAGAAAAAUCAAUUAGUUAAACUGAAUACUAUUGAUUUGGAACCUUAUAGAUUAUCAAUAAAAGAUGUUUCAAAAUUAUUUGAAACUGAUUUAACCAAAGGGUUAACUGAAGAUCAAGCUUUGGCAAAUCUUAAUGAAUUUGGUAAGAAUAAUUUAGGUAAAGAAGAAAGUAUAUCAAUUACUAAGAUAUUAGCUCAUCAAAUUUUUAAUGCAAUGAUCUUGGUAUUAAUAAUUUCAAUGAUUAUUGCUUUAGCUAUUAGAGAUUGGAUAAGUGGUGGAGUUAUUGGAUUUGUUAUUGGUAUAAAUAUAUUUGUUGGAUUUAUUCAAGAAUUUAAAGCUGAAAAAACAAUGGGAUCGUUAAGAAAUUUAAGUUCACCAGAAGCAAGAGUUAUUAGACAAGGUAUAGAACAAAAUAUUGAUGCUGAAAAUGUUGUACCUGGUGAUAUUGUACUUAUUAAAGUUGGUGAUACUGUUCCAGCAGAUUUAAGAUUAAUUGAAAAUUUAAAUUUAGAAACUGAUGAAGCAAUGUUAACUGGUGAAUCAUUACCUAUAGCAAAAGAUUGUGAAGAAAUUUUUAUUACAAAUGAUCCAAUUCCUGUUGGUGAUAGAAUUAAUAUGGCUUUUAGUUCAUCAAUUGUUGCUAAAGGUAGAGGUAAAGGGAUUGUUGUUGCAACUGCUUUAGAUACUGAAAUUGGUAAAAUUGCAGAUUCUUUAAAAAAUAGUGAUGAUAAAUUAAUUGUUAAAGUUACCCAACCAACUUUUAAAAAUUAUUGUAUUGCAAUUUGGAAAUCAACUUUAAAUAUUAUUUUUAAUGUAUUAGGUACAAAUGUUGGUACUCCAUUACAAAGAAGAUUAGCUUGGUUAGCUAUUUUAUUAUUUUGGGUUGCUGUUAUAUUUGCAAUAGUUGUAAUGGGAUCUCAAAAAAUGAAUGUUAAUAGAAAUGUUGCCAUAUAUGCUAUUUGUGUUGCAUUAUCAAUGAUACCUUCAUCAUUAAUUGUUGUUUUAACUAUAACAAUGGCUAUUGGUGCACAAGUAAUGGUUACAAAAAAUGUUAUUGUUAGAAAAUUAGAUUCUUUAGAAGCUUUAGGUGGUAUUAAUGAUAUUUGUUCAGAUAAAACAGGUACUUUAACAUUAGGUAAAAUGAUUGCAAAAAAAAUUUGGAUACCAAAUUUUGGUUCUUUCAAUGUUGAAAAUUCAAAUGAACCUUAUAAUCAUACAAUUGGUGAGGUGAAAUUUAAUAAAUUAUCUCCUAAACAAAUAGAUGAUAUUGAUGAAGAAAUUAUAUUUAGUGAUGUUCCAGAAGUUGAAAAUGAGCAAUUGAAAGAUUGGAUGGAAACUGCAACUUUAGCUAAUAUUGCAAAAGUUAAACAAAUAAAUGAUGAAUGGGAAGCUCAUGGUGAUCCAACUGAAAUUGCUAUUAAUGUAUUUACAAGAAGAUUAGGUUAUGAAAGAGAAGAUUUAAUUCAAGAUAACAAUUUAAAUUUUAUUUCUGAAUUUCCAUUUGAUUCAUCAAUUAAAAGAAUGUCAACAAUUUAUGAAAAUCCUCAAGGUAAAACUAAAAUUUAUUCAAAAGGUGCAGUUGAAAGAAUUUUAGAAAUUUGUGAAAACUGGUAUGAUGAUGAAAAUAAUAAAUUAGUUCCCCUCACUGAAGAAUCAAUUGAAAAAAUUGAACAAAAUAUGAAUUCAUUAUCAUCACAAGGUCUUAGAGUUUUAGCAUUUGCUUCAAUAACAUUAAAUCCAGAAAUUACAGAUUUAAAUUCAAGAGAACAAGUUGAAACAAAUUUAUCAUUUUUAGGAUUAAUUGGAAUUUAUGAUCCUCCAAGACCAGAAUCUUUAAAAUCUGUACAAUUAUGUCAUCAUGCUGGUAUAAAUGUUCAUAUGUUAACUGGUGAUCAUCCUGGUACUGCUCGUGCUAUAGCUCAAGAAGUUGGUAUAUUACCUCAUAAUUUAUAUCAUUAUUCAAAAGAAGUUGUUUCAUCAAUGGUAAUGACAGCAAAUGAAUUUGAUUCUUUAACAAAUGAUGAAAUUGAUAAUUUACCAGUAUUACCAUUAGUUAUUGCAAGAUGUGCUCCACAAACUAAAGUUCGUAUGAUUGAAGCAUUACAUAGAAGAAAAAAAUUUGUUGCAAUGACAGGAGAUGGAGUUAAUGAUUCACCAUCUCUUAAGAAAGCUGAUGUUGGAAUAGCAAUGGGAAUGAAUGGAUCAGAUGUUGCAAAAGAUGCUUCUGAUAUUAUAUUAACUGAUGAUAAUUUUUCAUCUAUUUUAAAUGCUAUAAAGGAGGGAAGAAGAAUGUCUUCUAAUAUUCAAAAAUUUGUUUUACAAUUAUUAGCUGAAAAUGUUGCACAAGCUAUAUAUUUAAUGGUUGGUUUAGUAUUUAUGGAUAAUGAUGGAUUUUCUGUAUUUCCUUUAGCACCAGUUGAAGUUUUAUGGAUUAUUGUUGUUACUUCAUGUUUUCCUGCAAUGGGAUUAGGUCAAGAAAAAGCUCAACAUGAUAUAUUAGAUUUACCACCAAAUAAAACAAUUUUUACAAAAGAAGUAAUGAUUGAUAUGUUUGCUUAUGGUAUUUGGAUGGCUGCAUGUUGUUUAGGUGUAUUUGUUAUAGUUGUAUUUGGUGCCGGAGAUGGUAAUUUAGGAUCUGAUUGUAAUACAACAUCUGGGUCCGAAUGUGGAUUAGUAUUUAGAGGUAGAGCAGCAGCUUUUUCAGCUUUUACUUGGUGUGCAUUAUUAUUAGCUUGGGAAUGUAUUCAUUUAAGAUUAUCAUUUUUUAAAAUGCAUCCAGAAUCAGAAAGAAAUUGGUUGGUACAAUUAUGUAAAGAUUUAUGGGAAAAUCAAUUUUUAUUUUGGUCAAUUAUUGGUGGAUUUGUUUCAGUAUUUCCUGUUAUUUUUAUACCUGUUAUUAAUGAUAUUGUAUUUCAACAUGAUCCUAUAGGUUGGGAAUUUGGUUUAGCUAUUGGUUUUACUAUAUUAUUUUUUAUUGGAGCUGAAUUUUGGAAAUGGAUUAAAAGAAUUUAUUUAAGGAAAUUUAUUACCAAUGGUAAUGGUGUAUCAAAUGAAACUAAUGACCCAUUUGAAAAAUAUGAAUCAUUUAGUAAGAGUAAUACAUUAGUUGUUUAA